CUUGUGCAGUCUUCUUUUUAUUUCCUCAAAACACAACCUGCCAAUUAUCACAAACAGAAAGAAGGAACAAACAAUUAUAUAUAGAUUAGGCACCACUGUAUGGAGCCCUUCCUUUUCAUUCAGUAAUUCCUCGUUACGGUCUCAGAUCAGACUCAGAUUUGUCCGACGUGAAUACGUUACUUGACCGUGAAUACAUUACUUGACUGCCAUAAGCACUCUAAGUUAACAUGACAUCUUCUUUCAUUCUAGAUGAUAAGGAAGAAGCAUUAGCUAGGUCUCGUGAGCGCGCAGCUUCAAAAUGGGCUCUCUUCUUUAUACCGAUUCUAACGACAAUAUGGGCGGUGAUGGUCUACUUUGGAUAUUCGAUGUUUGCGGAAGGUGACGAGGGAUGGAAGAUUGUUCAACUUGGGCAAGCCUAUACCACACUGGCAUUUACUUUGGUGGUUAUCGCUGGGCUUGCAUACACCUGGUACGAACCGGAGAUCGUCGCCCUUCACCACGGCUUCACUAUGUUUUACUUCUUCUUCGCCCUAUGGACAUGCUCGGCUCACAUCGUAUUCGUGGAGGCUCCUAUCGCCCCUGAUCCAGAUGGAACCUGGUUCGAUCAUCUAGGAUUUUCUUGUUACAUCUUCCUGAUGUGCUUUUCGAGUCAGUGUACUCUGAUUGGGAGCUUGUGCCUACGACAGCGCCUCUUCUACUACAUUUUUUACAAGAAUGAGCUGAAUCCUAGUUUCUGGAUAGCGGUACCCGUCUUUCUGGCUAUUUGUAUUACCAUCGCCGUUCCGUUUGUUACGUGCGGCUAUGCAGACUGCAAUCGAUUUGUUCCACGGUCGACACAUUUCCCGCAAAUGUUUGUCAUGGCUUGUGCGUUCUUCUACUAUCUAUACUACACCUAUCACGCGAGUAGGGUGUUUGUAUCGUUCUGGCAGAAUGUCCGGGCUUUCGUCAUCCAUAAUCUGUUACAGAUCGCUUUCUUCGUCGUCUACUUGACGGCCGCCUGUGAUCUGUUUGUAUUGGAGACACUGAUCAGCUUGUACUUUGUGUGGCUGGUCGGAUUGGACAGUUUCACCAUUCCUUUGGUUCGGGCUAUCGCCAGAAAAGCUUUCGGUAUCACUCUCUGGGGAGACAUUGAUUUCCAUGGUGCGCCUCUACGUCUCAUAAAGAACGAGGAUGAACUGGAUGUGGUGAUCGCGAACAAGGGAUACUUUCGACCUGCCUUGCAGGCGUUUGCCGACGGUCGGUAUUGCGGAGAGAAUAUUUCUUUCCUCAGCGAGCUGUACGAUCUCCAAGAGAAGCAGGAUCUGGGCCAUUGGACCACGGAUGAUACAAACCAAUUCCAACGGAUUAUAGUUGAAUACAUUGAUGCUGAUGGUUCCCUAAGUCUGAAUCUGACAGUAUCUGUGAGAGAAGAUUGUCUGAAGAAGCAUGCGGAUGGCGAGGGUAUCAAUAGCACCUUUGAGAAAGUAUUGAAAGCCAUCAAAUUUUUGACCACGUUGAAUUUGUGGAACACUUUUGUCGAUACACCGGAGUAUAAAGAGGCUCUUCGAAAAUCCAACAAAGCCGAGGAGAACAAGGAUAACGUGCAAAACAAUCUCAAGACAGCAGGUCUUCUUCCGGAUCACGAAAGAUUAGCGAAUGGCAAGACCUCGAUUGUCGGAAGUAUAAAUGGGUCCGUAUUCGAUCCUUCCGAUCGAGAUCAAAAGAAGGAUCCGAGCAAAGAGAAACUAAACCGUUGUUUGAGUAGUGCGAGGAAUUUAGAACAGGAUCGGAACGCGACAGCUGUCAGUAUCGGGAGCUCUACUACUCUCCGAGAUUAUGCUGAUGGUGAUAGGUAUUAUUCUGAGGAACCAACUCAAGUUUAGUGUCCGUCUUCAAGAUCUAUAAUAUUGACCAUCCAGACUUUCCGGGAUCGUAGAUCCCUCAAGAGCCCUCUUGCAUUCCGAGUUUCCUCGAAAUUUUACAAACAUACAGUAUAAACCACCGUGCUCUGGCGACUCUUCGCGGCAAGAGCAUUUAGUCGAGACUGGAAGGGUACCGAUCUGGCAUCGGUGAUGUGAAGAAGUGGCUUGUAAACCACGGGUAUAUUCAACAUUCGGAGCACGCUCAUAGAUUUUCGAGCACGUGUGCGAUGGGUAUAUUUGAUAUGGUUUCAUUUUAUUAUCGAUACAUGUUGCAUGCAUGCAUGUCUGGAAUACAAGCGUAUGGCAGGAUCACGAAUAAUUAGUUGGAGUGUUCCUCAUUCGCUACACCGUGGAUCGAAGCUAAGAGUUUUAACGGGCUGGAGUGUUCCUCAUUCGCUACAC